AUGCUUCGCCGCCAAAUCCUCUCACAACGACAAACCAUACUCCGGCGGCCGAACCUCAGCAGGCCAGCCAGGCCGGCACCUGGACGCUGCCAGUCCACCAAGACACCCGCCAGCUCCAAGAUCGACCGCAUUACCUCGAAGCUCCCAAGGCGGCUGCAAAAAUACACUCAGGGUCUGCGCAACGCACCCGUCUCCCACGUUGUCUCAUUCCUUAUUCUGCACGAAUUGACAGCCAUUGUACCUCUGGUCGCGCUCUUUGCCCUGUUCCAUUACACGACGUACGUGCCGUUAACGUACGUGACGGAGCACUUUGGGAGCUACGUCGAGGCUGGUGUAUCGCGAUUUGAGAAGUACUUUCGUCGAAAAGGCUGGUUUGGAUUCGAGAAGAGAGUUACUGGGGAGGAUGGGAAGCCGGUGCAAGAAAGCCUGGGACAACAACAGGAUGCUGUGAGCAAGUGGCAGACUGGCGAUCCCAAGUACAAAAUUCUGGUGGAGGUUUCUUUGGCCUACGCCAUUACUAAGGCGCUCAUCCCUCUAAGAAUUGUCUGCAGUGUGUGGGCUACGCCAUGGUUUGCAGGUGUUCUCGUUGGUCUACGAAAGUUUGCAUGGGGGAAAUAG